AUGAGCAAUCAUACUCAGUACUAUCAAGUGGCCAUUAGGUUCUUAAGCUGCAUACAUCUGAAAGUCGAGCCAAAAACCGAGCAGGUAGAGAGAGCUUUUAAUAUUGGUUUAGCAGCUGUAAUAGACGAGGGUGUAUACAAUUUUGGUGAGUUCCUUGCCCUUGAUAACUUGGCAUCCUUGAAGGGCACAGAUAAAGAAUGGCUGGUUGAUCUUCUGUAUGCCUUUAACAGCGGAGAUAUUGACAACAUCAUAGGACUGAAGGAUAAAUUGUCUACUCAGCCGGAUCUGAAAGUCAAUGAACUUGUAACUAGGAAAUUAGAUCAAUCUGUUCUGUUUGAUGGAGAUGAUAUUCCAAAGGCCAGCAACAGAUACACAACGGACAUUUGA